AUGUUCCACUUGGAUAUCGAGAAAUGCACAGAGGCUCUUUUGCUUCAUGUUUUGCCACAAUACUUGUAUAACGCUAAGUUAUGUGAGGAUUUAGUAGAACCUCAAUGUGCAGUACUAGCAAAACUGGCAGUUUACUCCAUUUAUGCUGCUCUGGAAUACAGUAAUCUGAACAAAGGGCAGCCGUCUAGAAAGCGUCGUCAUGACGAUGCAGAAGACUUGGAUAUGUGUAGUUCGUCUAAGGUUAGAAGGCUGAACGAUAAUUCUUCUGAUAGUAUGUAUUACUCCCAAGGACACACUGUUUCGGGGACCACAUUAAAAGAACCAUUACUUUCUGCUCUAGAUACGUUGUACACGUCAUUUUCCCAAUUGGCGGGAAAAAAUGGCGAUAUUACUCCGCAAACCGAUUUUAUACUGCAGUUCCUAGUUUACGUUGUACAAUGUGGCCAAGAUAGAGCUCCAUUAGUUUUGCAAAAGAUGCCAAGUGAACUUGUACCGACACUUAUAAAGUGUCUGCCCGAUGGUUUCAAUAUAAGUUUGAUACUUCGCUUGUAUGAUUUGUCGACUCCUUAUGGUCGAAAAGAUACUGCCAGAGAUUUAUGUCUGAUGAGGAAUAUGCGCCUCAGACCUGAUUAA